AUGGCAGCAACACCUUUCAUUGCCUUCCAAGGCCCUACCAAUCUGGAGGGUUAUGCUCGCAAGCGUAGACCAUCUGAGCAACCAGCCAGCAUUCCCAAAACAUUUCUGGAUGCUAUGGAGGUUCGGGAGCAAGUCUUCGUCCUAGAACAAGGCGUGCCAUUAGAAAAUGAGUAUGACUCGGAUGAUGCUAGAGCAUGUCAUUGGGUCAUCUACGCCUCUGUCAAUACUACCACCGAGCCGGAAGAAACAGACACAGCGGGCAACAUUGUCAAGCGGCAACAAAGUGUCACAAAGUCCCAGCCUAUUGGCACUAUCCGUCUCGUACCGUUUCCACAUACUCCGCAUCCAGAUCCCGGCGCUUCAUAUACUCUCGAUCCACUAGAGUCAACAUCAUCCGAGCCUCCGCCUUACAUUGUCGAUCGAGCUACAACCUAUCAUGACGGUAAAGAGCCAUAUAUCAAGCUUGGAAGGAUUGCAGUAUUGAAGGAAUUCAGAGGAUCCGGAAUAGCGAAAAUCCUAGUCAAUGCAGCAAUGACUUGGGUACAGCAAAAUCCAACGUAUUUCAAUCCGUCAGUUGAAAUUAUGGGUAUGGAUAAACUUGGGAUCUCAAGUACAGACGAGAUUCCAGUAUGGCAAGGGUUGGUGUGCGUCCAUGCCCAGGAACAAGUGACUAAGGCAUGGGCGAGAUGGGGCUUCCAACUUGAUGAGGGAAUGGGCACCUGGGUAGAGGAGGGGAUUCAUCAUGUUGGGAUGUUCCAGAGGCUUAAUAUUGGGAACCAGGGAAUUGUACCUUGA